CUACGCAUGCGCAGCGGGGGCGGGCCGGGAGGUGGGACUGCCCGAUUCUUCCGUGUGCCGCCGCCGCCGCCUUGGCUUCACUGCUCUUGCCACUCUGGGGCUGCGUUGCCGGCGUUAGCCGCGCGAGGGGAAGGGAAGGGACCGACGGAGCGUGCGUGCGCGGGGGUCCCCGCAGUCCCAGCAGUUCCUCUCGCGCGGGGUGGGCGGGCGGCGGGGGUCAGUAGCAGUCGGGGGAGGCCCUAGACGGCGCCAUGUCGGCGGGCGGCCCGUGCCCGGCAGGAGCCGGAGGGGGCCCAGGGGGCGCCUCCUGCGCCGUAGGGGUCUCCCCCGGCGGGGUAUCCAUGUUCCGAUGGCUGGAGGUGCUAGAGAAGGAGUUCGACAAGGCCUUCGUGGAUGUGGAUCUGCUCCUGGGUGAGAUCGAUCCGGACCAGGCGGACAUCACUUAUGAGGGGAGACAGAAGAUGACCAGCUUGAGUUCCUGCUUUGCGCAGCUUUGCCAUAAAGCCCAGACUGUGUCCCAAAUCAACCACAAGCUAGAGGCUCAGUUGGUGGAUCUGAAAUCUGAACUGACAGAGACCCAGGCAGAGAAAGUUGUGUUGGAGAAAGAAGUCCACGAUCAGCUUUUACAGCUGCACUCUAUCCAGCUUCAGCUCCAUGCUAAAACUGGUCAGAGUGUUGACUCUGGUACCAUUAAGGCAAAACUGUCUGUCCCCUCUGUGGAGGAGUUGGAGAGAGAGCUUGAAGCAAACAAAAAAGAAAAAAUGAAAGAAGCUCAACUUGAAGCUGAAGUGAAGUUGUUGAGAAAAGAGAAUGAAGCCCUUCGUAGACAUAUAGCUGUUCUCCAGGCUGAAGUUUAUGGGGCAAGACUGGCUGCCAAGUACUUGGAUAAGGAACUAGCAGGAAGGGUCCAACAAAUACAAUUACUAGGACGAGAUAUGAAGGGACCAGCUCAUGAUAAGCUUUGGAACCAGUUGGAAGCUGAAAUACAUUUGCAUCGUCACAAAACUGUGAUCAGAGCCUGUAGAGGACGUAAUGACCUGAAGCGACCAAUGCAAGCCCCUCCAGGCCACGAUCAAGACUCUUUAAAGAAAAGCCAGGGUGUUGGUCCAAUUAGAAAAGUUCUUCUCCUUAAGGAAGAUCAUGAAGGCCUUGGCAUUUCAAUUACAGGUGGGAAAGAACACGGUGUUCCAAUCCUCAUUUCUGAGAUCCACCCAGGGCAACCUGCUGCUAGAUGUGGAGGACUGCACGUUGGAGACGCUAUUCUGGCUGUUAAUGGAGUUAACCUAAGGGACACAAAGCAUAAAGAAGCUGUAACCAUUCUUUCCCAGCAGAGAGGAGAGAUUGAAUUUGAAGUAGUUUAUGUGGCUCCUGAAGUGGAUUCUGAUGAUGAAAAUGUAGAGUAUGAAGAUGAGAGUGGACAUCGCUACCGUUUGUACCUUGAUGAGUUAGAGGGAGGGAGUAAUCCUGGUGCUAGUUGCAAAGACACAAGCGGGGAAAUCAAAGUCUUGCAAGGGUUUAAUAAGAAGGCAGUAGCUGAUGGACAUGAAAAUGGAGACUUAGGAACUUCAAGUGAAACUCCUGUAGAAGACAGUGCUUCUAAACUAGAUGAUCUGCACAGUCUGUAUCACAAAAAAUCGUACUAAAUUGACUGUAUCUCCGGACAAGAUUGUUGAUCAGACUCUUCUGAGUUUGGGGCACUAGGGAAAUGGUGACAAAGACUAUACAAGAUCAAGGGAGGCUUGUAGCCUAAAUGAAAGGCGGGUACCUCAGGGCUUCAUGUGAACAAUUCUAAAUGCAUAAAACUCCCUGUUUUCUGUGGUAUACCAUAAUUAGCUAUUGCAUGUAAAGCAACUUUGAUUUUUGUAAAACUGUAAAGCACCAAAGCAUGUGUUUCCCAAAGGGAUAUUACUAGGUUCUUAAGUACCAAAUGAAGCACGACUGUUUUAUUUGUCUCCUUUUCCAUUUAGUAGAAGGACCGUGCUAACCGGAAUUUUAUAAGAAAUAGCCUUUAAAUACAAGAGAAUAAAUGAAUUCAUAUUAUAUAUAUUCCAGAAUGUUAAGUGUGGUAUUUCAGAGACAGAACCUAAUUCAAUGAAUUGCAGAAACAUAGGCUUGACUUAAUUUUUUUUUAACUAAAAG